AUGACUCGACACGUCUUCACCGAGCAAGAGGUGCGACUCGCAGCAGAACGACGACUCAAAUACAUUGGUGCUGCUAAAGUCAGCAUCCACCCAAUCCAAUUUGAACCUCCCUUGCCACGGGACUUGGACCCUAAAAAUUUGGAUCGGCUACGGAAUAUCUUUCGUAAGAAUCGUUGUCGCCGCCUCGAUGUCCACAACCAUGUGCCCGCGACCGUGUCUCGACAUGACCUCGCGGAUGCAUUGCAGAAAUUUCACAUCUGA